CCCAAUUCUCGUCUCCAUCAGCUACAGAAGCUGGAUGCCUGCAGGCGACCGCAUCCAGCGACGUCACGGGAGAACAAAACACCAAAAGUCCAAUUGACCGUCAAUACAGCCCCCCGACAACAACCAUGGCAGGCUCAAGCCCAUCACCGACGUUUCAAAGUCUAUUCUCCUUCUAUCUAAUCACCGCAAUCCUUUCCUUCAUCUGGCCUGAUGCCUUCACCAGCGCACGAACGACAGCUUUACACAUUCUCAUGCUCACAUGCUACGUCUUCGCCGCUAACCGACAGACGGAGAGCUCGCCCUACGACGCGAUGAAAAUGGGCGCGACGAUGGCCGAGUUGAUAUAUACUGCGGGAGGUGUUGUGUGUUUACCGUGGCGGAAGACAUCUUUGGCGUUGUGGUUGGCGCAUGGGUUUUUUGCUGGGAGUUUGGUGGGGGAGGUUGGGUGGAAGAAGUUGAGGGUGUUUGCAUUAGGCGGGAAGGAGUAACAAACCGUUUGCAUGCUGUUUCUCUUUUCAUUGUGCGGUUAUUU